AUUAACUAUAAAUGAGAGGGCAGACAGCCGAUAAAGAAUGGAAGGGGAAGGAGGAGGAGGAGGAGGAAGGAGAAACGGCAGGAGAAGAUGAAGACCUUCCUUCUUUUCCACGCCCUGCUCCUGCUCGCAGCGGCAACAGCCCGCACCACACAAGCAUGGGGAAAGGAGGGCCACUACAUGGUCUGCAAAAUUGCAGAGAAUUAUUUGACGAGCGGAGCGUCGGCGGCGGUGGUGGAUCUGCUGCCGCCGUCGGCCGGGGGAGAUCUGGCAGCCGUGUGCUCGUGGCCCGACGAGAUGCGGUUCAGGUACCGGUGGUCGAGCCCUCUCCAUUAUGCCAACACGCCCGGAGUCUGCGACUUCGACUAUUCCAGGGACUGCCAUAAUGCAAAGGGACAGCAGGACAUGUGCGUUGUGGGAGCCAUCAACAACUACACCACACAGCUGAUGAGCUAUGGAGAUUCCUCCGCGUAUAAUUUAACAGAGAGCCUCAUGUUCCUGGCGCAUUUCGUGGGAGACGUACACCAACCAUUGCACGUGGGAUUUGCAGACGACCAAGGCGGAAACACCAUUGUUGUCCAUUGGUACAGAAGAAAGACCAACCUUCAUCAUGUGUGGGAUGUGAGCAUAAUAGAGACUGCAAUGAAGGACUUCUACGACAAUGAUGUUGAUACAAUGAUCGAGGCCAUUAAAAUGAACAUCACGAGCAAUGAUGUCCGUCAAUGGAAGACAUGCAGGGAAAAAUCAGUGACUUGUGCUGACAAAUAUGCCUCGGAGAGCACAAGCUUAGCCUGCGAUUAUGCUUACCAGGAUGUGGAACAAGAUUCCACGUUAGGAGAUGAUUACUUCUUUAGUCGACUCCCCGUGGUGGAGCAAAGGCUAGCGCAAGGUGGUGUGAGAUUAGCAGCAAUACUCAACAAACUCUUCUCGAACAGUGCAGAGGAAAGCAAGAGUGGAAGCCAAUUCUUAAUCUGACCAAAUAAUUAGACCCGAUAAGAACGCACAACAAUUUACUUUCAAUAAGGAUUUGGCAUCUGUUGUGUGAUUAAUUGUCAUUAAUUGGAAGUUUCUUAGCAAUAAUGUUCUUUUAGUGAUUCGGAUUGCAAUUGGACAAUUAAUGCCAUUAGUAUUAUUGUGUCAAUAAGGCAACCAGCAGCCCUGAAUUGGUCUGUUUCCAUUAAUUUGCAUCGUCUUUUAAGUUGAUGUACAACACUGUAGCAGUCCCGCAGUGUUUAGUUUAAUUAUUAUUAUUUUUAAAUGAUAAUAAUAAUAAUCGCUUAUUGUUUGGACAAGCA